AUGGAAGACAGCAAAAUUCAAGAAGCUCUUCGUUAUUUGGAACAAGGAGACAAAGCAACCGAAAAGAACUGGUUUAAAAAACCAGAAUGGGAUGUUGCUGGACAGAAUUACGAAAAAGCUGCAUCUUGUUUCAAGGCGGCUCGAUCGUAUGACCAAGCAAUUCAGGCUUAUCAAAAAGCAUCAGAUGCUUUAUUUAAAUCCGAUUCAUUAUUUAUGGCGGCAAAGACUACGGAAUCGGCAGCUACAAUAGCAGCAUUGCACCUAAAACAGCCUGAGCGCGCUGCUGAAAUGUAUAAGAAAGCUAGUGACCUUUAUCUAGCGAAUAUGAGCCCAGAUCGAGCCGGUGAAAUGCUGGAAAAGGGUGCAAGAGCUUUAGAGCCAGUUAAUGUUGACAGUGCUAUUGAACUGUAUAUGGCUGCAUGUUCCUUAUUCGAAUCUGAAGAUCGUGGACGGUUCGCAAUUGACACAUUUAGAAAAGCAGUAGCAGUUAUGAUCAAACAUAAAAGAUAUGAAGCUGCGGUAGAUAUAUUACAUCGACUAAAUGCAAUAUACCAAAGUAUCUCUAAUCAGCAGGGCUUAAAUAAAACGUGCUUAAGCAUCAUUAUUACUUUACUUGCUGCAGAAGACGAGGUCGAGGCUAAGAAACAAUUCCAACUAUUUUGCUUGCACGCAUUUGUUCAGUCUGAAGAGUCUGCAAUUGCAUCUGCCCUUUUAGAUGCAUUUGAACAAGGGGAUCAAGAUCUCCUAACUCAAACUGUUCGUAAACAAACAGUCAUUUUUUUGGAUAAUGAAAUCGCUAAACUGGCUAGAGGGCUACAAGUCCCUGGUGCAAUAAGUCAACUACCAACUGCACAAUCCAACACAUCGAAUAAUGAGGAUAAUUAUAUAAUACCAUAUCACGUUGAUGAGCAGAGACCUUUACCACCAGAACCCACCGAAGCAUCAACCUCUACUUUUGCACCUAAUCAAACAGAGAUUGAAGAUGAGGACGAUAUAUGCUGA